GGCCCGGCCGCAACCCGGGCCCCGCGCGCUGUGGAAACGCCCGAGCGCCCGCGAGCUUCUGACGGCGGCGUUCCUCGGCGCGUCGCCUGCCCUGCACCGGGCUCGCGGGCUGCGGGAGUGGCUUCAAGAUGGACGAAGACGGCGGUGGCGAGGGCGGCGGCGUGCCAGAAGACCUCUCAUUAGAAGAGAGAGAAGAACUUUUGGACAUUCGUCGAAGAAAAAAGGAACUUAUUGAUGACAUUGAGAGGCUGAAAUAUGAAAUUGCAGAAGUGAUGACAGAGAUCGACAACCUAACUUCCGUGGAGGAGAGCAAAACCACUCAGAGGAAUAAGCAAAUAGCCAUGGGAAGAAAGAAAUUCAACAUGGACCCCAAAAAGGGAAUUCAGUUCCUGGUAGAGAACGACCUGCUACAGAGCUCCCCAGAAGACGUUGCCCAGUUCCUCUACAAAGGCGAAGGCCUAAACAAGACUGUCAUUGGGGACUACCUGGGCGAGAGGGAUGAAUUCAAUAUCAAAGUUCUUCAGGCUUUUGUCGAGCUCCAUGAGUUUGCUGAUCUCAACCUUGUCCAGGCCUUGAGGCAGUUCCUGUGGAGCUUCCGGCUACCCGGAGAGGCACAGAAGAUCGACCGUAUGAUGGAGGCCUUCGCUGCCCGCUAUUGCCUCUGUAACCCUGGCGUCUUCCAGUCCACAGACACCUGUUACGUGCUGUCCUUUGCCAUCAUCAUGCUCAACACCAGCCUGCACAACCACAACGUGCGGGACAAGCCCACGGCCGAGCGCUUCAUCACCAUGAACCGGGGCAUCAACGAGGGUGGGGACCUCCCUGAGGAGCUGCUGAGGAACUUGUAUGAAAGUAUUAAGAACGAACCAUUUAAGAUCCCGGAGGAUGAUGGGAACGACCUGACGCACACAUUCUUUAACCCGGACCGGGAAGGCUGGCUCCUGAAGCUGGGGGGCCGCGUAAAGACCUGGAAGCGGCGCUGGUUCAUCCUGACUGACAACUGCCUCUACUACUUCGAGUACACGACAGACAAGGAGCCCAGGGGCAUCAUCCCACUGGAGAACCUCAGCAUCCGGGAGGUGGAAGACCCACGGAAACCUAACUGCUUUGAACUGUUCAACCCCAGCCACAAAGGGCAAGUGAUCAAGGCCUGCAAGACUGAAGCGGAUGGCAGGGUGGUGGAGGGGAACCAUGUGGUAUACCGGAUCUCGGCUCCAAGCCCGGAGGAGAAGGAGGAGUGGAUGAAGUCCAUCAAAGCCAGCAUCAGCAGGGACCCCUUCUAUGACAUGCUGGCCACCAGGAAAAGGAGGAUUGCCAAUAAGAAGUAGGUUUCCAGGCACAGCAGGUAAAUGUCGGGACCUGCACCCACAGCGUGCUGAAGGCCUCCCCGACACCCCAGCCACCUCACAGGCGCCUAGGCAGGAGCUGAGGAUCCUGUGCAACCCCAUGGCCCCCAGAACAGCCAGCUGUGAUGGGGCUGGGGACCCCAAGACUUCAUGCUGUAGUUUGGGGUGUGGUCAGCUGCCAGUGUUCACUUCCUGCCACUAUCCUGCUGCCCACCACCACUGCUGGAGCAGCGCCCUCUCCUGGUCAGCAGCAGCGCCUGCAGCGGCCACCAGUGAGGGAACCUGCGUGGACAAGCAACCUUGCUCACAGCCAGGACCUGUCUGUGCCAGUCACACCACGGCUGCCCAUGGGGCAGAGCUGGCGGCCAUUCUAGAAGCAACUGUUUUAUAUCUAAUGGGAAAGGAAAAGCUACCAGUUUUUUAUUCAGAUUUUUUUCUCAGAUAUAUAGGAUUAUAGCUUUUAUAUGCCUUUUUAUAAUCUGAAAUUAUAAUGAAAUACUUUCUACCAGUAGUAUUUUUAGAAUGGCAGCUACAAUUCUAACUCCUGGACACAAGUAUAUGCUGUGCACAGGAAAAAACACACAUGCAGCUCCUAGAGGGAGCAUGGGGGCCCGGUGCCUGGGGGAGCUGCCCCCCCCCCCGCCCGGCUGUGACAGGCAUGGAAGGGGGCAUUGGUUACCCACAGGCCUGUGUACCUACCCUGCCACCUCCCUCAUGGGCUUCUCCAAAGCAAAGCAACAUGACAGCUUGUUUUCCUGUAACUGCCAAAUCCUGGGAAACAGAGCCGAUGUGCCCAGCACUGGCCAUCCAUGUUGAGCCGCAUGAAACUGUGGGCCUCCGCCUGCCUCCACCCUCAGUUUCAAGCGGCACAAGGGAACGUGUGGGUGAAAUUGGAUUUUGAUUUUUCUUGCUAUUCCAAACCUUCAGCAAGAUGUUAACUCCCACACCUUAGUUUAUUUAGGUAACUGGAAGAAAGCCCACCCUCCAGGAGAGCCAUGUUGCCAGAUGUGACCUCCCUUACGAGGUGGGAAAGAGCAGGCUGAAUCUGGAGGGACAUUAGUGGAGCUUGUCCGGGCCUCCACGUACAGAAACAGUUCCGGACACAUGCUGACGAGGCCUCGGCCAGGUUGACCUGUGGGGGAGGGCCAGGGCCAUUGUGUGCCCUGGCACAAGGCAGGGCCAGGAGCCUUUUUGCACUCAUAGGACGCCCUAUGCACAAUACAUAGGACCCCUACCCCCAGCUCCCAAGCUUGGGGUGGCAGUGGCUGCCCUGUGUGCAGGUGCACCUAGAACUUGCUCCCCUUGGAGGGUAUUUACGUUGUGUAAAAUCCAAGUCCAGGAAGGAAGUCCCCAGACCCAGUGCACUUAGGUAGAACAAGGCUGUGAGCUGCCUUGGGGUGCAGGGAGGGCUGUGCCUGACCUGCCAUAGCUUUGUCAUGCUAGACCACACGGGCCCAAGGCUGAGGCUCCAUCCUGCAUCUAGCUUACCUUCAAGCAUCUACACUUUACUGAUACCUCAAAUCUGAAACCAAUGUCUGAGCAAGGCAAGAUGGCCUGACUGCUGCUUGUGCAACUUGGCCACCAGUUUUCCGUGCAGAGUGCUGCCCUGCCCUGCCCUGCCCUGCCCUGCCACACCCUCUGCCGUUUCCUCUGCUGUCUAACCCAGGUAUGGCCCUGGGGUUGGAGCUCAUGCGUCAGGUGUUAGAGAGUGAGAGCUGGGUGGCAAAUCUAGUGUCAUGGUCAUCUGUGAGCAGGGCUUGCCUGACACCGUUCAGUAGGAGCAGUGCAGCACAGUCUGGUGCUCAUAAUUAAAGGAACUUGAUCUCCAUGGUGUUAUGGGAAGAUGGGAAGCCCCCAACAGGUUUGUGACACUAUUAACCUAGGAGGCCAGUGGUUUCACCUCCUGUAGGAGCAGGCCUGGCAGGCUCCCACUCCUCUCCACCCACGUCACUCAGUGCUUAAUGGCCUACCCAUAAGUGGCCAAAGGCAAAUGGCACCAGCCCUGGACAGAGCUGGUGGCAUCCACAGUCCUACCAGCCAGUCUUGCUAGACCCUGCGCUGUGACAAGCAGCAGCAUCAGGGACCAGAAUUGUUGGGACCAUUUAAUGUGGUUCCACAGAGGCAAAAUAGAUGACCACAGGGGAGGCUGUGCCUUCAUGUCUUAUAUAGCAAUGCCUGUAGUUACAAGUGCAUCUGUCCCCACACACGUGCUCUAAGUUAGGUCUGUUAUAGAUCACAGCCAGUUGUGAUUUCUCAUUUGCUUAUUUUUUUCUUAGAAAACAUUUCUAUUUACAAUAUAGUUAAUAUGUAGAUAAUGUACAUAUGUAUUGAUUUCUGGAGUGUUUGUUAUUCAAUGUAUAUACUCCUUCAACUUGCAUGAAAACUCUACUGAUCUCAAAGUACCUAUUGAUAUCAAAAUACCUAUUGAUAUUUUGUUGCUAAGUCAACAGUGAUAUUGGAGGGUGUAUGGCUUUGAAAGGCUUUGAAAACAAUUGCAAAUACUAUGUUCAUGAAAUAAAGAUGAAAGCUAUUGUUAAAGCAGUG